CAGUCAUACCCUCUUCACAUCUCGUUCACGUCCCGAGCAGCUACGAGGGAGAGUAGAUUUGUGUGCCUAGAGCAGAGAGAUAGAUAGAAGAGCAAAAAGCUCAUCUGAAUAGCCCGAGGGGGAUAGUAACUUCGAGCCUCGAUAGGACUCUGGACGACGUUCUUCUCAUUGCGUCACCUCAGACCUCGACUGUUAGACCCCUCUUUCCUCUCGCCUGAGCUAAGAGCUCGUAGGCAAGAUGGCCGAUAAACCUAUCACUUUUACGGAGCACUUACAGCUCACAGCACUCGGAAUCCAACCAGCUUCCAUCUCAUUCCAGUCCCUCACCCUUCAGUCUGAUCACUUCAUCUGCGUGCGUGAGAAUGUCAACGACACGAACCAGGUGGUGGUGAUAGACUUGGCGGAUGCGAACAAUGUGCUACGGAGACCUAUUACUGCCGACUCGGCAAUCAUGCACCCCAAAGAGAAGAUUAUAGCUCUGAAGGCCGGCCGUCAGUUACAGGUAUUCAACCUUGCAACCAAGCAAAAACUCGGUUCUCAUCUGAUGAACGAGGAUGUGCCUUUCUGGACAUGGAUCAACGACACCACCCUGGGUUUGGUCACGGAACGGGAAGUUCAGCACUGGAAAGUCGUUGAUGGCGAGGCCCAGCCAAAGAAGAUGUUUGAUCGUCAUCCAACCUUGAACGGCAACCAAAUCAUAAAUUACCGUGUAUCUCAUGACGGGCAAUGGUGUGUUGUUGUUGGAAUCUCCUCAAACCCUGCUGCUGGACAGCCUGGUCAGACUGCUUUUAAGAUCAAGGGAUCGAUGCAGCUCUACUCGAUUGAGCGUGGUGUAUCGCAGCCGAUCGAGGGUCACGCCGCUGCAUUCGCCUUGUUUAAGCAGGACGGCGCGAACAACCCUAGCAAGCUCUUCUCGUUCGCCAACAGGACAGCAACAGGUGCCAAGCUUCACAUCGUCGAAAUUGGACACCAGGCUCCCAACCCUCCAUUCACCAAAAAGGCGGUCGACGUGUUCUUCCCACCUGAAGCCACCAAUGAUUUCCCUGUCGCUAUGCAGGUCUCCUCCAAGCACGGUAUCAUCUAUCUCGUUACCAAGUUUGGCUUCAUUCACCUCUACGAUAUCGAAUCUGGUCAAUGUAUCUACAUGAACAGAAUAUCAGGCGAAACAAUCUUCACCUCGGCCGAAUACGAGCAAUCGCACGGUAUCAUUGGAGUGAACAGGAAGGGUCAAGUCUUGAGCGUCAGUGUAGAUGAGGAUACCAUCGUGCCUUACAUUCAACAAUCUCUGAACAACCCCGAACUCGCGAUCAAGCUUGCUACCCGAGCCGGCUUGCCAGGCGCCGACCAGAUGAUUGUUCAACAGUACCAGACCUUUAUGCAGAACGGGCAAUACGGCGAGGCCGCCAAGAUCGCCGCCAAUUCUCCUCGUGGACUCUUGCGAACACCCGAGACUAUCGAAGCCUUCAAGAGAUUGCCCAACGUUCCAGGAUCUCUCUCUCCCAUUCUUCAGUACUUUGGAAUCCUUCUCGAGAAAGGCGAGCUCAACAAAUUUGAGUCCCUCGAGUUGGCUCGUCCGGUCAUUCAGCAGGGCAAGAAGCAAUUGCUAGAGAAAUGGCUCAAGGAGAACAAGCUCGAAUGCAGCGAGGAGCUUGGAGACCUGGUCCGAGUUGCAGACAUGAGCCUCGCCCUCUCCGUUUACCUUCGAGCCAAUGUACCGAACAAGGUGGUGGCAUGCUUCGCGGAGCUCGGUCAAUUCGACAAGAUUGUCCUAUACUCCAAAAAGGUCGGAUACACUCCGGACUACCCUCAGCUCUUGCAACAGCUGGUCCGUAUGAACCCUGACAAGGCUACGGAGCUCGCGACGCAGCUCGUGAAUGAUGAGAAUGGUCCCAUGGUGGAUCUUGACAGAGUCGUCGACAUCUUCAUGUCACAGAAUAUGAUUCAACAAGCCACCAGCUUCCUUUUGGAUGCUCUCAAGAACAACCUGCCCGAACAGGGACCACUGCAGACGAAAUUGCUCGAGAUGAACCUCGUCAAUGCUCCUCAGGUCGCCGAUGCGAUUCUCGGCAAUGAAAUGUUCACCCACUAUGAUCGCCCUAGGAUCGCCAACUUGUGUGAGAAAGCUGGUCUGAUGCAAAGAGCACUCGAGCACUACGAGGACAUCAACGAUAUCAAGCGAUGUGUCGUCCACUCCAAUUUGUAUAAAUCAGAGUGGCUUGUCGAUUACUUUGGCAGGCUCACCGUCGAGCAAUCGCUCGAAUGCCUGCAAGAGAUGCUCCGAACCAACAUGCGAGAGAAUCUGGCAGUGGUUGUCCAGAUCGCCACCAAGUACUCUGACCUCCUUGGUCCCGUCAAGCUCAUCGAGCUCUUUGAGCAGUUCAAGAGUUCUGAUGGUCUCUACUACUAUCUCGGCUCGGUCGUCAACGUCAGCGAGGACCCCGAGGUCCACUUCAAGUACAUCCAAGCAGCCACUCGUACGGGUCAAAUCAGAGAGGUCGAACGUAUCUGCCGAGAGUCGAAUUACUACAAUCCCGAGAAGGUCAAAAACUUCCUCAAGGAGGCUCGUCUGUCGGACCAGCUUCCUCUCAUCAUUGUCUGCGACCGAUUCGACUUUGUUCACGAUCUGGUUCUCUACCUCUAUCAGAACGGUUUGACCAACUUCAUCGAGAUCUACGUUCAGCGAGUAAACUCGGCUCGUACCCCUCAGGUCAUCGGUGGGUUGCUUGAUGUUGACUGCGACGAGACUGUGAUCAAGAACCUCCUCAUGUCGGUCACUGGAACCUUCCCGAUCGACGAAUUGGUCGACGAAGUUGAGAAGCGGAACCGUCUAAAGCUUUUGCUUCCUUGGCUCAACAACAAGGUCGAGCAAGGCUCCACGGAUCACGGCGUGUACAACGCUAUCGCCAAGAUCUCUAUCGACUCAAACAACAACCCCGAAGCUUUCCUCAAGUCGAACAAUCUCUACGACCCUGCCAUUGUUGGAAAAUACUGCGAGCAACGGGAUCCAUACCUCGCCUACAUUGCCUACGCCAAGGGCUUCUGCGACGAUGAGCUCAUUCACAUCACCAACGAGAAUCAGAUGUACAAACAUCAGGCUAGGUAUCUCGUCAAGCGCCGAGAUAAGGAGCUUUGGAUCCAGGUCCUGAACCCAGAGAGCAUUCAUCGCCGGGCACUCAUUGAUCAAGUCGUUGGUACCGCCAUUCCCGAAUCGACUGAUCCCGAUGACGUCUCGACAACAGUCCAAGCUUUCAUCCACAUGGAGCUGCAUGGACCCCUGCUCGAGCUGCUUGAAAAGAUCAUCUUGGAGCCUUCACCCUUCAGUGACAACCGAUCGCUCAAGUCUCUCAUGUUCCUCACUGCCAUCAAGAACGACAAGGGCAAGGUUAUGGGCUACGUCAACAAGAUCGAUGGGUACGAUGUCGAUGCCAUCACCAAGGUCGCCAUUGACUCGGGUCUGUAUGAAGAGGCCUUCACAAUUUACCAAAAGCACGAUAUGCACGCUGAGGCUAUGAACGUUUUGGUCGAGCACAUGGUCUCGAUCGAUCGAGGAUUCUCAUAUGCCAACAAGAUCAACCAACCGGCCGUUUGGUCCCGCUUGGGUAAAGCCCAACUCGAUGGUCUCCGAGUCAAGGAUGCUAUCGACUCUUACAUCAAAGCCGAGGAUCCAUCCAACUUUGCCGAAGUCAUUGAGAUUGCCAACCGAGCUGGCAAGCACGACGACCUCGUCCGAUAUUUGCAGAUGGCACGAAAGACUGCUCGAGAACCCAAGAUCGAUACCGAGUUGGCUUACGCGUACGCCAAGACCGACAGGCUACACGACAUGGAAGAAUUCCUCAGCAUGACCAACGUCGCCGACAUUCUCGAAGUCGGAGAAAAGUGCUUCAACGACGAACUGUAUCAGGCUGCCAAACUGUUGUUUUCAAGCAUCUCCAACUGGGCUCGAUUGGCCACUACCCUCAUCUAUCUUGGCGAGAACCAAGCUGCCGUCGAUGCUGCUCGAAAGGCAGGAAACACUCAGGUCUGGAAGCAAGUCAAUGCGGCCUGUGUGGACAAGAAAGAAUUCCGAUUGGCCCAAAUCGCCGGUCUCAACCUGAUUGUUCACGCCGAGGAAUUGCCGGCUCUACUCAACUUGUACGAGCGAAAUGGAUAUUUCGACGAGGUCAUCAACCUUAUGGAGGGUGGUUUAGGACUGGAGCGAGCGCACAUGGGCAUGUUCACCGAACUCAGUGUACUCUACGCCAAAUACCGACCCGAGAAAUUGAUGGAGCACCUGAAGUUGUUCUGGCAACGAGUCAACAUUCCAAAAGUCAUCCGAGCAGCCGAACAGGCUCACCUUUGGCCCGAAUUGGUCUUCUUGUACAUUGUCUACGAUGAACCUGAUAACGCGGCGCUCGCCAUGAUGGAGCGAUUGAGCGACUGGGAUCAUGAUCAGUUUAAGAAGGUCUGUGUCAAGGUUGCCAACAUGGAGAUCGCCUACAAGGCGGUUCACUUUUACAUUCAGCACCAGCCCAACCUCCUUCCCGAUCUCCUGGCCGCUUUGUCUCCUCGACUGGACCACGGCCGUGUGGUUAAACUCUUGCAGAAUGAGGACCACCUGCCUCUGAUCAAGCCAUACCUGAUCGCCACUCAGAAGCUUAACAUUGCGGUCGUCAAUGAGGCGUACAACGACUUGCUCAUCGAGGAGGAAGACCACGUCACAUUGCGAAGCAGUCUGGAAACUCACGAUCAAUACGAUGCCAUCAAGCUCGCUAAGCGUAUGGAAAAUCACGAACUGCUGGAGUUUAGGAGGAUAGCGGCGCUGCUGUAUAGACUCAACAACAUGUACGACGAAUCCCUAGGCUUGUCCAAAGCCGACCGGUUGUGGCGUGAUGCUCUUGAAACCGCCGCGGCGAGCAAGGAGAUUGCGGUGGCGGAGGAGCUGGCGGCAUACUUUGUGUCUAUCGGCAAUAAGGAUGCCUUUGCGGCUAUCCUCUUUGUGUGCUUCGAGCUGGUCAGACCAGACUUUGUCGAGGAGAUGUCGUGGCGAUACGGUUUGGGCGAUUACUCCAAACCCUUCUUCCUGCAGUCCCAAAGAGACCAGAGUUCAAGGCUCGCCGCCCUGGAGGCUGAACUGAGAGAACUUAAGGCCAAGUCAAAGAAGGACGAACCCGAGGAGACGUCUGGUCUCGUUGGAUCUGGAUUAGGGGGACGUCUGAUGAUCGGCGGACCUGCUGGCUUCAUGCCGAAUGGUGGAGGUAUGCCCAACGGAGGCAUGAUGAUGGCUCAACCAACUGGCUUCUAUUAGAGUGAUUAACGAGCGGUUAUGAUCUGGUCGGAGCAUCAGAGCAAAAGUCCCAUUAUUGUAUACAUCUCCCUCGACUCUCUACCCUCUCUUGCCGUGAGACCCUUCUGUGCCAUCCUGCUACAUCUCUAUCCGACACUCAUCUCCCCCUCUCCUCCUCCCCUUUCCCCGAUUUAAAAUCCCUUUUGGUAUUCCCCGUAGCACGAGCAAACAGAGAUGAAAAUGAUGAAUUCUGAGAAAA